AUUUUACUACAGACUCAGAGUUGGGGUUUUAUUGACCUGCAUAUUUUACGAGCACUGUGUGUCUUAUAACAAACUAGAUUUCCCUCCAGAAAUUCACAGUGAUGUCUGUGGCCCAGUUUUAACAAGCAUGCAGAAUUCCAAGAGUACUCGGGUGGAGUUUGACCUGCCAGAAUAUUCUGUCCGUCGAAGAUACCAGGAUUUUGACUGGUUGAGGAACAAACUGGAAGAAUCCCAGCCCACUCAUCUCAUUCCCCCACUUCCUGAGAAGUUUGUGGUGAAAGGUGUUGUAGAUCGAUUUUCAGAAGAGUUUGUGGAGACCAGAAGAAAAGCUUUGGAUAAAUUCCUGAAAAGAAUUACAGAUCAUCCUGUACUCUCCUUCAAUGAACACUUUAAUGUUUUCCUUACUGCCAAGGACCUGAACGCCCACAAGAAGCAAGGGAUGGCACUGCUGACUCGGGUGGGCGAGUCGGUCAAGCAUGUCGCUGGCGGCUACAAGCUGAGAAGUCGGCCUCUUGAAUUCGCAGCCAUCGGCGAGUACUUAGACACGUUUGCACUCAAGCUGGGAACCAUCGACCGAAUAGCCCAGCGGAUCAUCAAGGAAGAAAUAGAGUACCUUGUGGAGCUGCGGGAAUACGGGCCCGUGUACUCCACGUGGAGCGCGCUAGAGGGGGAGCUGGCGGAGCCCCUGGAGGGGGUGUCAGCCUGCAUCGGCAGCUGCUCUGCCGCCUUGGAGGAGCUGACCGACGACACGACAGAAGACUUUCUACCUGUGCUCAGGGAGUACAUUUUAUACUCUGACUCCAUGAAGAGCGUGCUGAAGAAGAGGGACCAUGUACAGGCCGAGUACGAAGCCAAGCUGGAAGCCGUGGCUCUGAGGAAGGAAGAGCGGCCCAAGGUCCCAGCAGAUGUGGAGAAAUGUCAGGAUCGGAUGGAGUGUUUCAACGCUGAUCUGAAAGCCGACAUGGAGAGGUGGCAGAACAACAAGAGACAGGACUUUCGGCAGCUGCUCAUGGGAAUGGCUGACAAGAACAUCCAGUAUUACGAGAAGUGCCUCAUGGCGUGGGAGUCGAUCAUCCCACUACUGCAGGAGAAGCAAGAGGCCAAGUAAGCCCCUUCUCGGGACCGAGACUCUCCUACCUACGCAGGGCCUGGCACCCACCCCGGAAUGUCCCUGCAGUGCCGGACACGCAGCACCAAGAAGACAACCACAGCAGCAUCUCUCCUCGGUGUAUCCCCCCCCCCACUUGGUCCGACAGUUGUUUCCCAUGAGUAUUUAUUCCUUGGUGGAGUCCAUAAAGGGCUGUCAUCAUCUCUCGGUGGAAGAAGCGUGCCUCCGUGGUGUGAAGGAACCUGCUCGGUGGGACACUCCGAAGAUUUGAAACUGAGGCACACGUCAGCCCUCAGCUGACAUUCUGACAUCUCAUUACAGUCCCCUCUCUGGGGCCAGCAGAGUUGCCUGCUGAGGAAGACAACCGGGUCCUGCUUCGCCAGGCCAUGAGGACGCCAUGAACAGGAGGCAGCUCUUGCUUUCUGUGGAUGCCCGGCCACCCUGACAUUGGCCUCCAUGGGCCUUGACUCGUCUCGGCCUGGAAGGUGGUGUCGGCGCCUCCAGGGGAAGUCCUUAAUGUACAUACAGUGGCCUAUGUGGCUCUGAGUGUGGCCUGCUGCCUGCCCGUCAUGAGUGACACCUAUGUUAGGGUUUCUGGUUCAUGUAGGACCGUUUAAAUUGGUGGCUUGGUGCAUCCACGCUCGAGCCAGCCAGCCAGCGUCCUUGUCCUCAUGCCGAUGCCUUGGGGAGUGGAGGGAGCCGUGUUCCCCAGACUCGUUUUCUGACACUAAAAUGUAGUAGAUUGGGAGCUGUUUUGUGUAAAAUGAAAAAAAAGGGUGCAUUUUUCUCUGUGACGUUCUUCACCGUUCUUUUGCUUGUUAAAUGUCAUCAGGGUAGAGAGACCGGCCUGAUAGGGGUCAUCUGUUGUCUUGAAAUUGGAGUAACUGAGUUGUUGAGAGUUGCUGAGGUCAGCAGGCGUAUACCAAGCCCGCCUCCCAUGUCCGCUUUGUGCAGUUUGCCUUUACCUCACCAAAAAUUGCUAGUUUUAAUGUUUCCUCCUGUGUCCACUGAACGUUUGGGCAACCUUUGGGGGAGAGGCUGGCGUGUUCUUAGGAUAUAGUCACGGUUUGUAAACCAUAGUGUGAAUGAACGCUCUACAUGAAGUGCUUUACCUUUACUGUUUCCUAGUCAGAAAGAAGAGCCUGCAUCCUGAUGGGCCUCGAAGACGACAUGUGUGACGGCAAAUUCUUUGCUUCUAGUUAAGCUCACAUCUCCUCCUGGCUCCAUUUGAAGCCUUCAUUUCAGACUCUUGCAGGUUUCCUUUUCAAAUGUGUCAACACAAAAUAGACAAAAAGGAUCUCUUCCUCCAGCUUAUUAUCUUUCCCCUCUUGAAGUGAAACUACCUAUGUCGUGUUUGUGUUCUUUUGUCUGUGGCUCAUCUCCAUAAAAUUACAAAUCUGAGCCUCAAAUAAGCGGUAGUAUUAUUUUUGUUUGUUUGGUUGUUUUUAAUGAAAUAGCUGUGCUGAGACACUGCUGUGUUUUCAAGUGAACCUGCAAAUACUGGUCAGCAUGCAACCUCCUGAGGUCACUGCAGCUUCCAGCUGCAGAACUGAUCUUGGGGCAGCCACGGCUGUGAUGCUGGUGGGGCAGCCAUCGGGCAGCCCAGAAGAGCUUGGUUCUGUUUUCAUCAUGUCUGAAAAAGUCAUGGUUGAAGUGAUAAUAUGUAUGUCAGUUGGUACUUUCUUGCGCUGUUAGACCCCAUUUGUGCCAUUCUAAAAUCCUCUGAUAUGAAUCUUCCUUUUGGUAAAAUUAGAGAUGAUUCAGUGGAGAAAAAGGGUAAGAACAGUUCAUUGAUCCCGAGGGGUGAUUCAGUGUUUCAUUCUACCUCUAAACCAUCCUAUUGGUGUGGCUGUGGUUGCCUGGGUCCAGCCUGACAGCUUACUGGUAGAAUCAGGGCAUGUAUCUGAUAGUGGGUUGAUGACCUUCUAUGGAUAUUUGGCAGAAGACACUAGACUGUCCCAGAGGUGAACACUCAUCUUGGCAAAUGUGCGAAGUCUUGCCUGAUGGAACGUAUGCUUUAAAAAUGUCCAGCAUGACGAAUGCUUGGGAAGAACGGUGGGAGGAAUUACAGGAAGACUAGACUCUAGUCUGCUGCUACUGGCCAGAGCCCACGGACAUUCCUGUGGGAGGUCAGUUGGGCAAGAAGGUAGCCCUUCAGAAGAAACCCAUCAGGUUCCUUGCUGGGACGUAUGGAGAUGGGUGGGGCGCACAGUCAUCCUCUUACAUGACUGGAGGCAGAAGAAUAGUUCUGAAGCAUUAUGGGCACCUUUGGCUUUUGUCUUUCUCUGUUUGGUCCCUCAGUGAAGUGCCUGCACUUUAAGCCUCCAAGGAGAGCUGGAAUGAGGCAAACCAACCUCCAGCGUGCCACUGUUAGCAGAGCUUGGAGGACCAGGGUACCUUGCAGCCUUCCUUGGAGGAGUGGUCAUUCCAGAAAAUGAACCUUUGUCCCUUACUUCUGGCUGGCAUCUGAUGAGGUGAGGGGGCUGGCCCAGAAGGUGAGGGAUAGUAGGCAGUGGUGGAGACUCUCCAGCCCUUCGCAUCCCCACGGGCCCCACCACUGAAGGUCCGCAGCCCCAAGCAUUCACCUCUUUAUCUCCAUCAUCACAAAGAUGAUUCCCCAUGAGAAGCGUAACCCAGAGACCUCUGUGCCAAAGACUGCCUCCUAGAGGGUUCGUCACCCUAUCCUUCAUGGCUCCACAAAGUCAUGAAUCACUAACUCCUGUCUUGUGUUUAUUUUCCGGGAGAUGUUUGCUUGAGGAUGUGUCUUAACCUUGGACACAUGUGGACAGGUUGAAACUUGAGUACAUAGCAGUGGAGUGGAAAGUCAUCCCUGUUGACUGUCCCUGGGCUGGGGAAGUGGAAGGUUCCAUUCACCUGGGUUAGAAGUCCAGGCUAGAGCAGAAGAGAGGACUCGUAGAAACUGAGCAAUCUUAGAGAUGCAGGUGAGGUUGAAUAGAGCAGUGGUGAUUUAUAGCAUUUUCAGGACACUGCUCUUCCUUACCCUGUGCUGGAUUGCCAAGAAGGCUCUCAGCUACUGUGCUUAAAGCAAGGAACCUCUGCUCCUGCUCAGGCCAGGUUCAGGGUUGGGUUUUAUCCUUUAUUAAGACUUAACGAUGAUUCCUCAGAUAAGUGCGAUUAUGGACGUGACUGGCUCAUAUUUCACUGUGCUGCUCAUUGAACCCGCCACACACCUUUCUUUAGCUGAAAUAACAAAAACCAGCACACCUCUGGGGAUGGUGGUGAAUGUAACCUAAGUGUGUCUUCAUGCCAAAUUUCAGCCACACCCAGAGGGUGUCUUACGUGUUGUUGAGUUGAAUGUGUUUUCUCAGUCGCCAUCCACAAGGGGAGGAAUAAAAGGCACACCUGGCCCUCAUUCCUUGCGAGGCUGCCGUUUGUGUUGGAAUGCCGGGCAGUUCAGUCUAGAGAACGGCACCCGCCAUGUGGCUGUCUGCACGUGGACUUGCUCUUGGGACGGUAUCGGCCCAAGAGGCACUCGGAGUUUGUAUGACUUGGCCCUGCCGUUGACAGCAUUGAAGUCGCGGGCACUCGAUUCUGUUUUGAUGCCGUUCACUGAGUCUCAUGAGACUCCUCCUCUGCCCUGUGUCCUGAGCUGGUGAGAGUGAAGGGAGAGCAGAGUCCAGACUAGCCCGUCUUCUGAGCAGAAACAGCCCUUUAGAGCAGCCAGAGUGAAGCCCAGUUUCACCCCAUCCCGAGACCCAAACAGAUGAGGCCAGGGUAGGUCUGUGCGGGUCAGGGUAGGGCACACCAGUCCUGGUCCCUGCCUUCUCUCUCAUGGCCUGCUUUCAAGGUCUGUGGGAACAAGGUGAUACCAUCAGGCUGGGGUAACACAAAAUUACGUUGGGGAUUUGGGUCUACCUUCUCCCUUCCCAGAGUCCUCAAGGGACCACCAGGUGGAACACGCCUGCUAACCCACUCACUGACUCUGGUCUCUUCUCCCGACGGCAUCUCCCUCAAGUUUGCCUGCCACCCUCUGGGCCACACCUACAGAUGGAGCUGGGUGUGUUGGAGCUGUUCACCUCCUUACGGUUUUGAAUUCAGUGAAUUUAAGGAACCUGAUUUUUCAUCAGCCCACCCAGUAGGUAGCCAGCUUUUUAGGUUGAGGGUACUUGGUCUCCCCAUGUUGCACAGAUCAGCACAGGGUUGUCUAUGUUAGAAAAGCUUUGGGGGAGGGGUGUUAUGGGGGUGUGACUGUUCUCUCAAUCAUACAUGUUUGAAAUGUUCUCUGGGUAUGACUCUAACCCUUUCUGUGUGGCAAAAAAAAAAAAAAAAAUGUUAUCCAGGUAGUUUUUACUACCAUAGAUAGCCUGUAAAUAAGUGCUUGGAAAAAAUAACUCUAACAAACCAGUAAGAUAUUUGUCUCAUUCAUAAACAUUGUGUAUUUAGCACUUGAAAAUCAACAAAUCCAGACUUUGGGACAUGCCACAGACUGUUAAAAGUCUAACUGUACUUUUUGAGAAUUUGUCAACACCUACUAAUAUGCCUUAUUCUUCAACUACUGUUUUUUAGAUUCUGGAUAGAAAAGAGUUUUUAGGGAUGUAAUCAGUUGUUCAGUUUAAACACUUGAGGCUUGACCUAGCCAGUCUUCAUUCCUCUUAAAGAAACAAGCCAGAAAGUGAGGUUCAUAAUUAGGGCUGCCUUUUGGGAAGAGAAAACUAAGUAUUGCUAUUGCCAAAUGAUAUUUUUUGAUAAUGUCAGGAAAUACAGGGACCACAAAACCUUUGUUGUUGUUGUUGUUUUCAAGUGUGAAAGAUGCAUUUAGUGCCUUUUGGCACAUUUUUUAUUGUAGAGGAUAUUAUGGUAUCAGCAUCGACAAAUCACAGAUACAAAGAACUCUAUAGAUGAUGACAAUAUUAAAGGUUUACCCCGAUUCUGUAGAACAGCUUUUUAAAAGAUACCGUGGGGGCCUCCGAGUAGCAUAUCUUACAUAGAAAUUCUCCACAGGUUGAAAUGCCAAAAAAACAAUGAACACAUGGUGUUGACUCACAUAAUUUAGUCCUUUGUCAUAGAGCUUUUACUAUUAAUAAAGCCAGCGACGGGGUAUCACACAAUGUACCUCCCCAGGCAGUGUGGCCCUCUCACCAGGCGAUUCUGGGCCCCCUGUAGGCCGGGUGUGAGCAGGUAACCCCUGCCAACACGGCUGUGUGACAGGCUGGCUCACAGUCUCAGACCAUCCCUCCAGUCACAGAUGAUGCUGGAAGGAGGGAAGGGGGAUCGCUUUUUCCCCAGUGGGGAAGUGAGGAGGAGAUAGUACACUGCAAACAAAAAUGUGACCCAGUGGGACGAAGGGAGGCCCGUGUCAAGUAACAAACCAGCAUCUCGGAACAGUCAGCGCCAUGCCCUGGGCACCCCGGGGGUUCGGUCCUGUCUUGUACCGCCCCGCCCUCUGUCCCCGUGUGCCUGUCCCCUGGAUGUCUGUGUGUCGAGGAUGUGUUCAGACAUGGGGUACAUCUGAUAUAUUCCCAUGAAAUAAACUGCCAGCAAACUUUCUAACUUUUAACUGUUGGGGGGCGGGGGAGGAAAAAAAACCAAACUUUUUGCUUAGGUCAUGUCCAAAUUAUUAACUGUUUAUUAUUUGAGAAAUCAUUCUUUACAUUUAAAUUUUUAAAAGAAAAUCCUUGAGGUAUUGAUGAAGUCCUCCGUGUAAAUGUGUUCUCUUCUAUCCAUGCUGCCAUUAAGCCAAAUCAGAAGCUGUGAAGAAAAAAAAAAUGUGCUUGAGAAUGUGUGUUGUAGAUGAGAAAGUGAUUUACAAGUCAAAGUCUUUGUUUCAUGAAGCUACCAAACUUUAAAAAGAAUGUCACCUUUUUUUGUUUGUUUUAUUACGGAACCCAGAGAUUAUAAGAAGAAAAAAAAUUCUUGUUGCAUUUUUGAUGCUGGCAUGAGGUUUUUGUCCACUUUUUUUCAUAUCUGUGUAAAAAAAAAAUUCUGUCCAUUGUUUAUUAUGGGAUUAGUAUUACAUUUCAAGGUAAAACAAAUGAAUUUGUAUUGCUUGAUAAAAACUAUUAGCUUGUAAAUUUUAAAAAGGUUUCUUUACCUCAAUUAACUUAAAGUAAUGGACCAAUAAACCUAUAAAAGAUGCUUUCUUUA